CCCUAGCUAGCUUAGCUGUCACGUGCUACUAGAACUAAAAGGUCGAUAAACCUUGCAGCAGUUCCGAAUAUUUCACAAUAUUCUCUUUUAGCUACGUGCAUCUGAUCAGAGAGCAAUUUAGCUAGUAUAUUUGCCUUGCAGAUAAAUCGGCUAGCCCUCUAAAUUAAUUCAAAUGCUCAUUAGAUUUAGUUCAUAUAGACCUGAAAUAGCCGAGUUUCACUUCUGCCUGGACAAGCUAGCUAACCUAGCGUUGUCCCCAUUCAAUUACUUUUGACAUUUUUUGCAUAGGCUGUUAAACGUUGCAUUUAUUAUUUAGAUAGCUAGCAUACACAGCUAGAUAAUAUUGAGUAACGCUAGCUAGGGUUAAGACCAUAUAUAAGUAUAUAGCUAUAUGUGGGAUUUAUGCAGUCGGGACAGAUAUAACGUUGCUCAGCUAACGCUAGUUAGCUAAGAUAGAUAUGUAGCUGGUUUUAUACUUGAAUGAUCUGUGGUGGCCAGUUUAGCUGGCUAGCCUUCAUUAGCUGGGCUGUAGCUUUUAAUCUUCCCUAGGGUUAGAGUUUUAGUAGUGCCACUUAAACUGGAAUGUGAUUUUCACAUUAGCCAACUAGCUUCUUUUAUACAAGGUAGCACCUGUGACAUUUAAGCACUUAGCUUGCUAGUUAACUAGUUACAUUUUCUAAUAAUCUUUCAGCUAUGUGGCUAACUAUCAGUUAGUUACAUUUUCUAAUAAUCUUCCAGCUGUGUGGCUAACUAUGCUUGCUUGCUAGCUAGCUAAAUUAGUACUGAGGGUGGAGACAUUGGUUGUAGUAAAAUUCCUUGACAUCGUUUUCACUGUUUAGAUAGCUGGCAGCAAAGUUAUAAUGGAUUUCACGGAAUGCUAUCAAGAUACUUGCUCAACCGUAGCUCUUGCGGCUAGACGAGGAGACAGUAGACGAGUUUCUAAACUCAUCAAGAAAGGCUACUCUGUAGACGUCAAAGACAACCGAGGGUGGACCGCUUUGCAUGAGGCUGCAGCAUCUGGGUCUUCAGAGUGUGUGCGGUUUCUUCUUGGUGCCGCUGUGACCUGCGAAGACUACGUGAACUCGCUGACACACAACUCCGAAACACCUCUCUAUUUCGCGGCCAAGAACGGACACCUGCGUGCAGUUAACAGGCUUAUAAAGGGUGGUGGAGAUAUAAAAAAAAUGUCCAAUGACCUUUCCAGCCCCCUUUUUGCAGCUGUGGAUGGUGGACAUAAAGAAGUGGUGCAACUGCUAGUGAGUAAAGGAGCAGAGGUCAAUGGAGCUCAUUCCACCUCAGGCUGGUCCUGUCUUCAUCAGGCAGUUUACAAGGGCCACACUGAGAUUGUGAAAUUCCUGGUCAGCAUUUGUUCUCUUGAGGCUGUGGAUGACUACGGGAUCACGCCGUUGUUCGUUGCUGCCCAGUAUGGACGUCACCACUGUCUAGAAGUCCUUGUGAAUGCUGGUGCAAAUGUGAAUUGCCAAGCAAAUGACCUGGCCACACCGCUUCUCAUUGCUGCUCAAGAGGGACAUUUAUCAUGUGUGGAGCUUCUCCUGGCCCGAAAGGCAGACCCAAACCUCUAUUGCAACGAGGACCAGUGGCAGCUUCCCAUCCAUGCCGCGGCCCAGUUCGCUCGUGUCAGCAUUCUGGAGAAACUGAUCUCUGUGACGGGCAGGGACUGUGACCAGGGUGAGGGGAAGGUCAGCCCCAUUUAUCUCUCAGUGCUUGGUGGUCAAGCGGACAGUCUUCGGCCGCUGCUCAGAGAGGGCUACAGCCCAGAUGCCCAGAACUGCAGGCAGUUUGGAUACUACUGCCCUCUGGACAUGGCUCUGUGGUGCAACUCCUGGAAUUUAGAUGGAGAAUGCCACCAGAGCCGAGAGAUCGCUCAGGUGCUGCUGGCUGCUGGUGCGCAUGUUAGCCUGGCCACGUAUGUCCUUGCCUUGCAGGGUCAUGUACCUGAGCAUCUGCCGCUGAUCCUGGAGCAUGCCGGCCUGCCCGCGGGUGAGGAGCUGUGGGCGCUGGUGCAGGCGGCCCUGGAUGAAUUGCCCAGUGCGCCCUUUUGGCUCCCCCUGCUGCUCAAAGCUGGACUCGACCCCUCUCUGCUCCUCAAGCAUAAAAUGCUUGAAGAGGCAGAGAGCAGGGUGCUUAAUUUCUUGCUGGAGUUUAUUAAUUGGAAGUCUCUGCCCUCCACGAUGCUUCACAUUCUCUCUCGCCGUCGAGCUGAAGGCACUUGGACCCCACACGGACAUUUUGAGAGUGUUCCUGCACUGACUCAUCUGUGUCGACUGGCAGUGCGAGCUGCAGUGGGCAGUGAUGCUCUGUCUAAACCCUCCUUUGUGCAGCAGCUGCCUAUUCCCACACUGCUGCAAGACUACCUCCAGUUCAACGACAUCUCCAGUGCCUACACCUACACAGCAGCCUGACUCACGCGCCGGGCUAAUUAACUUCCCUUACUCGUUUCAAUGCGGUAUUUUGUAUAUAUGUUAAUAAAACUUAAAUGACCACCUACUGAAA